AUGGUUGAACCAGUCAAAAUCUCAUUUGGAGUGAAAAGAAAAGAUGAUAAUAAAGUGAACUCUGCAACAAUAUCGAAAGUCGUGGUAGAUGGUGAGUUUUCCUUGUGAGAUUUUGGAAAAAAUGUGAUUUUUGAAUUUUUCAGUGGAAGCUGAUAGUGAUGAAGAACGGGAAAGAGAAGAGGAAGAACGACAGGCGAAACGAAGGAAAAUGACACAUUUUGAUGAAGGAUCCAUUGUGUAAGUUUUGAUAUUUGAGAAUUUGAAAACCUAAGCGCCAUUUUCAAAAUAGUUAAUUUCAGCGGCGAUGAAGAUAAACAAAAGGAAGUUGCUGUAAUUCCAAUGGUUAUUGAGCAUGAUUGGAGAACUCAAAAAUUGCUAGAAAAAGAGAAAGAAGGAACACUUACAGAUGAGGAAAAAGCAAAACUCGCUUUGUUAGUUGGAACUUCGAAUGAAGAAGAAAACGACACUUCGAACAAAAAUGGAGCUGAAAAAAUCACAAUCAGUAAUGGAGUGGAAACUGCAGAGGAUGCUGAUUAUUCAGCAAUUCCUAUAGAAAAUUUCGGACUUGCAAUUCUUCGAGGAUGUAAUUGGAAAGAUGGUGAUGGAAUAGGUAAAAAUCCACAAAAAGUUGCAUUGAGGCUACCAGCUCGAAGGCCACCUGGAUUAGGACUUGGAGCAACUCCCAAAAACCCUUCAGCAACUGGAACAAAAAACGAUGGCGAUAAUAAGAAAGAAGAAGUGGUCGAGAUCAAAAAAGGAACAUGUAUCAAAAUCAUCGAUGGAAGAAGUAAAGGUUUAUAUGGAAAAGUUGAAGCCAGAGAUGAUGAUACAAAUAGUUUAUUUGUGAGAUUGGCUAUUGGAUCGAAAUCCAUCAAAGUUAGCCUAUAUUCUGUCCAAGGAAUUAGUGUGAAAGAAUAUGAAAGAGAUGCCAAAUGUUUGAGUAAGUUAUCUUAUAUAUUAUUUCCCGAGGUGUCCUUCCGCGGAGCAAAAAGAAUAAACUCGUUUUUAUCCUGAAAAAAAUCAAGGCCACGUCCCUUAUCUGAUGAACCAUUUAAUAUUCAGAGAGGAGUAUUUUAAUCAUUUCUUAAUGUUUCCUUAUUCCAAAAUAGUUGAUGUACCAAUUCAUGGGUGUGAGUCGGGUUACUGUAGGCGUCAAAGUUUCAAAGUGUCAGUAGUCUAAGUUUCAAAUACUGAAUAAUUGUUUCGAAUAAAAAUAAUAAUAGUUAUUUCCGAUAUGAAUUCAUAAUUCGAAUGUGAGAGUUUUGUUAUAAUUUUAGUUUUGUAUAGUUUUGAAGAAAAUUUUGAAAAAAAAGGAAAAGUAAGUAACUCAAUCUCAAAAGUAGAUGAUCUCAAAAACUGCGAUUUCCAGAUAUUCCAGAUGAACAAUAUUUUAGCUAAAUUGAUUAUUAAAAAGGUAGAUAAGCUUGAAUUGUGUUGUGUUUUGUGGGUCCUUUUUAUCCAUGAAAAUUAGAAGCUUCUCUAGAUUUCAAUGUUUUUGGCAGUUUUUCAAAAAUUGUAAUCUUUUUUUAUUGAAUUUCGAUGAUCAAACUAAUUCAAAAUAAGAGACAAACUGAUUAGAAAAAAAAUGUGAAGUUUCAUGAAAAGGACAAUUUAUCCCAUAUUUCUCAUAAAAAUUCCUACAUUCUUGAGAGUCCUCCCUUUUUUCUGAAAAAAAUUCAAAAAGAAGGGUUUUGGAAUGAAAGAGGUUGUUAGAAAAUUAGGCUCACAAAAAAAUUAUGUCAAAAUUAUGACUCUACUUUGAAAGGAAAAGCAACUUUUGAAGUGAAGUUUGAGCUACGAAAAUAUCAAUACGCCUUAAUUUUUGAAAAAUCCACUUACAUUUUGUUUCAACAUUUUCCUUUCACAAACAAAAAAUGGAUCUGAAUAGGACAAGAUGGGUUCAGGAACACUUUUUAAAAAAGUUCAAAAAUUGUAUUAUCAGAAAAAAUAAGGGUUGCAAAUAUGGAAAGGGUUUUUCAAACUAUGAUAGGGUUUUGAUUUUUUCGUGACUUAAAUCAAAUUUCAAAAUUUGCUUUUCAACGUAGUUUAGUGUUUCAUGUAAAAUUGAGAUAUUCAAAAUCUAAUUUUUAACUUUAAUUAAUGGUGUGAGGAUUGAGAGAUUUGGCCGAGAGUCAUCUGCCGAGGGUUGUGCUUGCAUAUCAGGGCUGGUCGGAAGUGACUUUUCGGAAUUCCGACUUUUUCUUUCGUAUUUUUUUUUUCGGAAUUUCCGAAGAAAUUCGGAAGUGUUUCGGAAGUUCUAAUACGCAGGAAAAAGUGAAAACGACAUUUUUCGAAGAGUAAUUUCGAUUAAAAAAAGUCGAAAGUAGAAAAAGUCGGAACGAGAGUCGAAAUUCAAGCAAUUCCGAUUUGUUUUUCUCGGAAGUGCUUCCGACCGAACUGCACUUCCGAAAAAACGUCGAUUUUCGGAAUUUCGGAAAUCCGAUAUUCCGAUUCCGACCAGCCCUGUUGCAUAUGACUCACAAAAUUCGAUUGUUGUAUAAAAAAUAUGAGAUAAGAUGCUAGUGUUAGGUGUGGACAAGGCAGCCGAAGGCUGCCUGUAACGGUUCGCAGCCGCAGGCUGCGUAACACAAGAAUUUUGCCGCCGGAGGCGGCUAUAAAUUCUUGUCUUUCUUAUAUUUUAAAAGGUGAUCUGUCUGUCCGCUUGACCUACUUUUGUGCCCUAGAUUUAAGCUUAAAUAAUUUGACGUGAAGUUUUUGAGUUAAUUAAAAAAGUUAUCGUACGAUUCAUCAUUUUUAUCCAUAAAUUUGAGCUAAAUUUGAAAAUCGAGAAUUCGUAGUGACUCCGAAACGACGAUUUAUCAUUUUUUUCCAUAAAAUUUAGAUAACAAAUCUAUUCUUUUGGAAAUUCAUGAUUUCAGUCUGAAAUUAAUAUAGGAAGCUUGCAUAUUAGCAAGAAAUGACCAAUCUUAUGAAUGAUUUGAAACAUCUGGACAGUGUUAAAACUGUUUGCCAAAAAUUAUGAAAAUUCAUGAUAUAUUACUGUAGGAUACGGAAAUAGUGUUCGGCUGCGUAUCAACAAGAAUGAAUACCGGCGUUACCCGGUCUUUUCAUUCUUGUAACUUUUUAUAUCAGGUAGCGCACAUUUCUUUUUUAUAGAUAAAGCUGAAUAUGACAAAGAAAAGGAGAAGAUUGAGAAACAAAGAGAGGAAAAAGAGGUGAAACAUUUGAAAGAACCUUCAACAUCCACUGCUGAAAAAUCAGAAACAUAUUCGUCUUCGAAAAAAGAGGAGCUUUGGGUUCGAGCAGAUUUGUUAGUUCGAUUUAUAGACAAAGAAUAUAAACACGGGAAAUUAUAUAAUCAAAAAGUUCGGGUUGUUGAUGUAGCUGGAAUUCGUGAUGUUACAAUUGAGGAUGAUCGAGGAAACACGUUUUAUAGUUAGUUUAAUUUUUGGAGCGGGCUUCAAAUGUGAGAAAAAACUUUAAAAACAGUGUUUUCUUUGUAAAUUCAUAAUCUUCAUAAAAUAUUGUUUCAGAUAUAAAACAAUCGUGGCUAGAGACUGUGAUUCCACGAAAUAUUGGUGAAAAAUUGAUGAUUGUUGGCAGGAAAAAUGGUGGAAAAUUGGCGAUUAUGAUUGAUAAGGAUAAACGGAAGGAAAAAGUGACGGCAAAGUUAUUACAAACUUCAGAGGUCAGUUUUCCCCAUCUAGAUUUCCAAAAUUCAAUCUUUUUUUCAGACACUUUCCGUGUAUUUCGAAGAUGUUUGUGCUGUUAGUGUGAGACAUGAAGAAGAUUAUGAAUAA